CAGAUUAGUUGAAAUCGGCGUCAAGUGAAUAUUCACAUUAGUUGCGCCACAUUUUGCAAUUCAAUGCUCAACAUUUAUGAAGAAUAAGAAUUAAAGUUUGUAGUUUUUUUCUGCAAUUUGCAGAUACGAUCGCCAGCCCAUUGGCGAAACAAAUUCCAAUCGUGAAAAACGAAGAAAAAAACAUAUACAUAUGAAAUAUAAUCUAAAAGUAAAAUUAAUGUUUGUUAAUUUUUUUUUGUGUGUAAUUGAUUUGGUCACACUGGCGAAUUCACAGAAACAGCUGUUUGUUUAAAAAAAAAUUGUAUUUAGCGGUCUGUUUUUACUACCAAUAUGUCAUUAGAAGAAUCUGCUGAAUCUUUGGUAGCCGCAAGGAUCGACGAAUUGCUAGAUAUUCUGCUCGAUUCAUUGGAUAUUGCCAAUGAGCUGAGCGUAAGUCGUGUUCUGCAAUUCACCUUCGGCUUAAUAUACGGGAACAGAAACGGUGAAUAUCAUGAGUUAUCGUUGAAAUUAAUUAAAAAGCUGUUUGCUCUGAUAAUUCCCACAACAUGCGAGUAUGAAAUAUUGAAUAUCCACAAUGCCAAACUUGUGACUGACGUACUUUUGUGUGUGGCAUUAUGGACGAACAACAUACCAGAAAAGGGCAAGUUUCUACUGAAUCAGCUCUGCCCAAGAAGUUCUAAUGACAACAGUCAGGCAGAAGAUGGCCAAACACUCGCACAGGUCAUGGACAAUUUUCUGUGCGAAUUGGGAGCAGAAUGCAUCUUGUCGCACAAACUGUUCAAACGCAUUGAGCAACUAUUAAAGUCGACGGUUUCCGAGGAGCGUAGAUCUGCACGUUUAAUUUAUGAAAUGAUACUCGACAAGAGCUUACAUAAAUCCAAUGGUCAACAGCAGCUGGAUUUAUUCUCCUAUAUCAUAAUAAUGGAGAGCCUGGAAGUAAAGGCAUCUACGCAAAAGCCAGCGCCAAUUGGAAUUCAGUUAUCGCUCCUAAAAGACGAAAGUAAUGAUGCAAAUUGGUUGCACAUUUUGUACACCAAAUUGUUACAGAAUCCAAACCUUGAAGAGCGGACCUCGACCCUCGAAUUCAUGAUGGCACACUUUACUGUAGCUGAACUCUUUAGUGCCCAUUUGCUGAUAGAGUUCCUAACAGCUACCAACAAACCGGAGCUGCACAACUUGGAAGGUUAUUUUCUGCCCGAAGAGCAAAUGAAGAAAUUUGUUUCUGACAUAAUCGGUAAGCAGUUUGUGAAGGCGCUUGCUGAAGUGGAAUGGUGUGGUGUUGCUCUGCACCACUGGUUGAGUUGCCUUGGGAUCAAAAAGCAGCCACAAAUCUCUAAAAAUCUUCUGCUAAAAAUUUGUACACUUGUGCGAAAUUUUGAACACUUGGAUUUACGAAACAGUGCCUGCAAUCGAAUCUGUGAGCUUUUUGAGGUCACCAUCAAGCAUUUGUCUUUAGGCGAUUACAUGUCAUUUAUAGCGGCGCUUUUUAACAAAAGCGAUGAUGUUUGCGAAUUCGCAUUUUAUUUGCUUUCAUAUGUAAUUGAGGAUUGCAAUAACAUAAAUAAAGAAAUGGUUCAUCUCACAAAAAGUGCAUAUGAAAUGCUAUGCAAUUAUCAGACUUCGAAUGUGUUGCAUCCAUUUCGGGUACUCCUGGAGCAACUCGAGCAUGUUCCAAAAUCACAACAUGGAUGGUGGCGUCUUCCGGCUUUCUUUUGUCUAUGCUGGGAAGAUCACGCCAUUGAUUUCUACCGUUCUAUGUAUGACAUAAAUAUCAACGUAGUUAAAGAGUGCCGGCAGCCUACAGAGCUGCAUAUAUAUUUAAUUGAUAAACUAAACUGUAAUACUGAGGAAGAAAUCUUGUUUGUGCAACAGCGAAGUGUGGAUUUAUUUUUAACAAAUAAUGUACACAAUUGGAGUCAACUCGAAGGGUUCCAUUUGAAUCUAAUUGAAAUAAUAAGGAAUUGCACACUCAACACAUUAGUACACCUAACAAAUCUACUUGGAGGACACGACCAACCGCUGCAGGACGCGAAAGUGCUCAAUACUCUUUUAAUGGUUUUAAGGACCUAUCCAAAACGUUGGACAACCACUGGAAAUAUUUUAAAAUAUGCAACACAGCAUCUUGACUUAAAUGAAACGAAAAAUUUAAUUGAAGACAUGAUUUCCAAUUGUAAUGACGUUUGGGAACUUGGGCAAAUUCUAAUGACAAAGUCCUUGCCACAAUCUACGAUAAUAAAAGGCUUACUACAUUCUGAUAUCUCGUUGGGGGUAAGGCGCAUUGAGCAUGCAUAUCUAAACAGCUUAUCGACCUGGAACGUGUCAGAUCAUAUUAAGCGAGAGAAUUAUAUCACUUAUGUCUCCAGAAUGGCCAAAGAGGACCUAUAUGAACUGUUUAAUGAACUGCUGAGCAUCAAUGAGAGUAUUAAUGAAAAGGAGACGUUGUUGGAAAAUUCGAUAGAUCACAGGAUUCAAAUGCGGAUUGCGAGAACAUUUUUCCAUUUCGAAUUUGCAGGUGCAAGUUUGCCAAACUAUUGGUCUGAGAAUCUGUGGACAGCCCUGUUAGCUCCCAAUAACCAAUUAAAUAUUCGAUAUUUUUAUGAAUGUCUGGUCGCAAAACUGUUGCCAAAUUUCGAGCUGUUACUGGAGAAAAUUGAUAGGUUAGCCAGCUUUCAACCUAAUCAACAGGAGUCACUUAUAUCUGUUGUGCACUUGUAUUGUAUGUUCAAUUGGGAGACCUUAAGAUUGGAGCAUUUGCAGAAAGUCUUCCAGCGCCUUUCUGAUGAGUUGAUAUCGACAAAUUCACAGACAGUGAUUUUUUGCCAGUUGAUUCUGCACAGACUGGCUAUUAGAUAUGAAAACAGGAUCGAUCUUCCAAUAGCAGCUUCGAUGAAAGAUCGCCUGCCAUUAUCAUUCAAAGACAAUCCUUCCGACUAUCAAAUGCAGGUCCGUCUGAUGCUACCAAAAAUAUUACAGCCCCAAUAUUGUCUGCCUGCCGAUGCAAUUUUAUAUAUGACCAAUGCACCGUUUGAUGAAUACACUUCUCCAAAAUUUGGCGAUUGGCAAGACAUGGACGAGAUAGAGAAGUGCCGAAGCAAGUUAAUCGUUAAGCGAGAAAUUGUUUCUGUAAAUUAGUUAUAAAUUUUAUUUCGUAACUACAAUUGAUGUUUGCGAGAAGGAAUAACUGAUUCGUUACAAAGUAUAUAUAAAUAGUACACACAAUUGAUUUAUUACUUUCCUUUUUGUAUGGCAAAAAUGAAUACAAAAAAAAUUAAAUAUUAAUUUAUGUAUGUAUAAAAAGCUUAAAGCAAACUAUAUUUGUAUAUGUAAUUGGCUGCUUGUUGUUUAAUGCAGCAUCCAUCUGCUAUAUAUAUGUACUAUGUAUGGAUCUGGCUUAUGCGAAGCUCUUUAAUCAUAAAUUGGAAAAUGAUAUAUGUGAGUUAGGUGCAUAAGGUCAUUGUAAUUAUAUGUAUGUAUAUACAUAUACGUAUUAAUAGACACGAUUCUGUUUGCUUUUAAUUCUCAAUUCAAUUCAAAAAUAGAGUUUCGCAUAAGCUAGUUAACUGUUCGAUCUGUCAGUAAGAUAAAUAGAUAAAAAUAAAAAUGUCGAUUUCCAUAUAAUAAGUCAUACAAUAUUUUGUGCUGUUAUCUGUUGUUGAUUUUCUCAAUUUAGCACCACAUAAACGAUAAUAACAGUGAGCUUCUUUUCGUUAAUUUUGCAUUUAUAUUUUGCUUUUUUUCUUCAUUUUUUUUUUGCUUGUGGAAAUUUCUAAUGGAAUUCUGCUUGUGCGUGUGUGUAUGUGUGUGUGUGCGUGUGUAUGAAGGAGGUAACGAAAUCAAACGCAACUGGCCAUAUAUAUAUAUAUAUAUAUAUAUAUAGCUCCGAAAAAAUGCAACGAACUGUUAAGCAUUGACUGUAAAGCCUAUCAGUAAUAGUAAAGAAAAAAGGGACUGAAAACUAAUUAUUUGAUUUACAUACAAAGAUCGUUUUGAAGCACGAUAUACUCACACACACACACACGCGAAUAACAUAGUUUUAGUUAUUUUUAGUUUCGUGCUCACUAAAAAAAUGAAAGAAAAAAAAACAAAUGGUUAUCAAAAUGCGCUGUCGCAGCAGCUUAACCAAGGCAGUUUACAAAUAGUAUUCAUAGUUAUUUACACAUGUAUACGGUAUACACACGCAUAGUUAAUAAUCUUAAAAUGGGCGCCAUAAAGCAUUUUCAAACGACACACAUGUUGCACAAAAAUGAUUUGACAUACAUAAUAAAACUUUAGUUCGCUUAAA